AUGGACAUCGACUCCGCGAAGCCCAAGAACGACGACGAACGCCUGAACCCUGAUGCGAAGGUCGUCAUUGUCCAGAACCUGACGCGCAAUGUCGUCGAGGCGCACCUCCAAACCAUCUUCAGCUUCUACGGCACAAUCAACAAAAUUGACCUGCCCACCUUUGCGAAAUCCGGUCAAAACCGCGGCAAGGCCGCCGUCGAGUUCACCGAGCCCGCCUUCGCGCACAAGGCGUAUACGCACAUGAACGGCGGCCAGCUCGAUGGCGCCGUCCUCAAGCUCGAGCUCUCCGACCUCCCCUCGCUCUCGCUCGCCCCUGCGCGCCCGGCGUGGUGGCCGCUUCGGGCGUCCACCCCCUCCUCGGGCGCGCGACGUGUACCGGCCUGCGCUGGGCCGUCGGCGCUACACGUCGCGCUCGUACUCGCGGUCGCGCAGCCGAUCGCCGGUCAGGCGGGGCCCGGGGCUUCCGCCGAGGAGGCGGUCGCCGAGCUAUACGCGUGGGGGGCGUGGCAGGGGGCGGACGCGGUCGAAGAGCACGGUGCGGUCAUCGCGCUCGCGGUCGUUCUCGUACUCGCGCAGCCGCAGCCGGACGCGGAGCAGGAGCUACUCAAGGUCGUACAGUUAUUCGAGGAGCAGGAGUCCCAGCAGGGCUAGGAGCUAUAGUCGGGGGAGGAGCUAUAGCCGUGGCCGCAGGAGCCGUAGCAGGGACGAUAUUCGGGACUCGCGGUCGCGGUCUCCGGUGUAAUGUACGAUCGUGUUCUUGCUCUAUUUCUUGUGCAACCUCAGACGGUGCUGCUUGUAACAACCUCGAAUCGAGUUCUUGCUGCUAUCUC